AUGGAAUUUACAAAAAAUAAUUUAGCCGAAAUUUCGGAGCUGAGAGGAGGAGGCAGAGAGGGAGAAAAGGGAGAAGUUGAAGGAGAAAAAAGGAAAACGCGUGCUCAGGCACAGAAGACUUGCGGCCGUGAAGCGGGCACUAAGUCCGCGGGGCACCCUGCGAUGCAACUGGGAACCACCACCCCGGAAGCGUUGCAGGGCCCUGGUCUAGGCGCUUGCGCCAGCCGUCUCCGGAAGGGGACUGAUGAGGAGGGAGUUGACUCCGGAGAGCCGAUCCUUAGCGGCAAGGAUCGGCUACUCGAAGUCGAGAAGGGGCGCCGACUAAGCGUUGUGGUAACACGAUGCGACACGCCAGUCACCGCGAAGUCCGCUAGCCGGGAGGAGGAGUCUAUGGACUCGGACGACGACUCCUCCUGCACUAGCAUGGUGACUGUGGGGUCGGAGCUGUCGGUUGGAAAACGGUUCCUGAAAAGGAACCGGUCAGACCUCGAGAUGGAGGAGGACUCGGGUGACUCUGCUGGGUCGCCCCUUGAAAGGGAGGCUAUUAGGUCCAAGAGAGGGAGAGGACGCCCGCCCUCCACCGGGAAGUAUGUGGGCCUGGCCGCAGCCAGGGCCGCAUAUAACCGGGAGCUGGCGGAGAGUCUCCGGCUUGUGGCCGAAGCGGAGGUCGCUGACGUGGCUCGAGGAGCUAGGGAGGCUAGGGCCUCUCUACAGCCCAGCCCCCAACCAGCGACUCAGGAGGAGGAAGAGCAGCAGACGUCCGCUGCCUUAACUAAUGUUGUGAGGACCUCGCUGGAGACCAUUACGAUGGUCGCCACCAGGUCCUCUCAACUUAAGGGGACGUACGUUCGGGCCCUGAAGGACGCCGUAAAGGGCAUCCAGGACGCAAUGUCCCAGAUCAGGGCCCGGACAAUGUCGGAUGAAGUUACGCGGCUGGAAGCCGCGAACUCCCAGUUGAGGAAGGAGGUCGCUGACCUGCGCCGCGACCUCCAGGAGUUGCGGCAGCGACCAGCUCAACAACAUCCAGAGCCAGGUCUCCGGCAACUGUUGGAGGAGGUCUCUCGGGCGAAUGUCGAAGCGUUCGGCACUAUGCUGAACGCUAGACUGGCCGGCAUUGAGGACCGCCUCCUGCCGGAACCCCGUCGACGGCCGCCACUUGCAGCAGACGCCAAAGCUGCCAGGGCAAACCCUGCUCCCAAAGAGCCAGCGGGGGCCCCGGUCGCUCCCACAAGCGGCAGUGCCCGCCCCAUGGCAGGGCCAGGCGCAAAGCCAAAGCCCGCCAAAGAGGCUCCCACGACCAGCCAGGCCUCUUCUGCUCCCCCUUCUUCGGGAAAGAAGGGGAAAAGCAAGAAGAAAAGCCUGGCUGCAAAGGAGGCAGCAGAGGCACGGCGUCAGCCUGCCUCCACACCGGAGGAGCUGCCCUGGACGGCAGUUGUCGGCCGAAAGGCCAAAGCCAAGGCCAAGGCGGCCAAAGUUGUGAAGGAGUCGCCAAAGGUCCAGCCCACGGCGCGCGCGAAGGUGAGGCUCCGCACGCCCAAGACCGCAGCAGUGACGCUUACCUUGAUGCCAGGGGCCGAAGAAAGGGGCGUCACAUAUGCGUCUAUUCUUAUGGACGCUAAGCAGCGCGUCCGUCUUGCGGACCUCAAGAUUGAUAGCUUGAGGUUCCGCAGGACAGCAACCGGGGCUCGUAUGCUGGAGGUUGGGGGCGAGGCCUCCGCUGAAAAAGCGGACUCCCUGGCCAGCAAACUCAAGGAGGUUUUGAGCCCUGAGGCGGUCCGGGUCGCCAGGCCUGUGAAGCGGGCGGAAAUCCGCGUCACAGGGCUGGACGAUUCGGCUGACGCUUUUGAGGUGGCGGAGGCGAUUGCCAAGGAGGGAGGGUGCUCCUCCGAAGCAAUCAAGUGCGGCAGGAUGGUGGUGGGUCCGCGGGGAGACGGCUCCCUCUGGGUGAGCUGCCCCGUCACCGCUGCCAAAAAGGUGGCCGGCUCCGGCCGGGUCCAGGUCGGAUGGACCUCGGCAAGAGCGAGGCUCCUCAGCCCAAGACCCAUGAGGUGCUUCCGCUGCCUGGAGCCGGGCCAUAUGGGGGUUAAGUGCUCCUGUGAGUUCGACCGCAGCCGACUGUGCUUCCGCUGCGGACAACCGGACCACAGGGCACGAGAUUGUGACGCCGAGCCUCACUGCCCAGUGUGUGAGACUGCGGGCAAGCCGGCGUCACAUUCGAUCGGUGGGAGCGGCUGUAUUUCUGCGGCAAACCAGCCAAAGAACCAGGCCCCCGAGAGGAAGAGCGCCCCGAAGACCAAGGGGAAGCGCAAGGCCAAGAAGGCCAAGGCCAAGAAGGCCGGGGUGGAGCGGAUGGAUACCAUUCAAUGA